AUGGUUGGUUGGCUACUGGCAUCUGCUGCUGCAGUGUGUAUUGGCACGACAUACGCUCAGCCAUCGCUAGAAGUUCAAGCACGUAUCAGUGCUGCUAUAGCGGCUGCGGAGGUAUCCAAUUCCACGGAUAUCGACUACACCGCUUUCGUGAAUCCUUUCAUCGGAACUGAUUACACCAAUUAUGGGGAUGUUUGCCCAGGCGCGUCAGUGCCCUUCGGAAUGGUCAAAUUCACCGCCGACAUCACGGGUUACGCGCCAGCGGGGUACAAUGCAGAUCCAUCCCAAAAAGCUCGUGGCAUGAGUCCCCUGCAUGACAGUGGCACGGGGUCAUCACUCGGGACGUAUGGUAACUUCGAGAUCAUGCCCCUCCUUUGUCCUUCGGGAUUCGACACGUGCACGACCACGCUGCAGGCGCGUGAGAGGUACAGGAAGAACGAUACCGAUGACGCGUAUCCGGGCUACUUUUCGCUGACUCUAGAUAAUGAUAUCAAGAUGGAAGCUACAUCGACGCGUCGUGCUGGGCUAGAACGCUUCACGUUCCCAGGGGGUUUGAAACCGUACUUUGUGCUCGACCUAGCCAAUGAUUUGCCUGCAUCAUUUGCGGGCGGAACCCUCGAUAUUGACCCAGAGAAUGGUCGUAUCACAAUUGGCGGCCACUGGGGCUCCAGCUUCGGUCCCGGCGCGUACCACUACCAAGCAUUUGCUUGUUAUGAUCUAUUGAACAGCGGAACUCAAAAGCUGAGUGAAUAUGGUGUCUGGACGGGUGAUACCUACGGCCUCGACGCAAAAGCACUCGGUCAGACCCACCUCAAUCUCUCUCAGAACUUGAUAGGCGGUACACCCUACCAAUCAGGUGCACUCUUCUCAUAUGAGGGUAACCAAGAGGAAGUGAUCCUUCGCGUGGGUAUUUCAUUCAUAUCGACCGACCAGGCCUGCGCCAAUGCCGAGGAGGAAAUUGGCGCAAAGUCCUUUGAGGAAAUCCAGAAGGCGUCCAAGGCUCUUUGGCAGGAGAAGCUCAGCAAGAUCGAGAUUGAUGUUGUAAACACACCCCCUAAUGUGACGGAGAUGCUGUAUUCGUCGCUGUACCGAGCGUCAUUGACUCCUAAUAAUGCUACUCUAGAAACUCAAGGCGCGUUUGCAAACACGACAUCAUUCUACUUUGACUCUCUUUACUGUAGCUGGGACACGUUCCGAACAUUUUAUCCCCUCAUGACUCUUCACUCCCCGAUCGAAUUCGCACAAAUCGUGGACAACUAUAUCGACGGCUGGCGUAAACUCGGCUGGAUGCCGGAAUGCCGCGCAAACAACCUUCCCGGGUGGACGCAGGGUGGGUCGAGCGGUGACAGCAUUGUUGCACAGUUUGCGGUGAACUAUCACAAUGAGGCGGAAGCGCUAGGAAUCGACCUUAAUGAACUGUAUGCUGCGCUCGUCACGGACGGGCAGGUGAAUCCGCCCGAAUGGAAUACAAUGGGCAGGCAAGUGAAUGUAUACAAGCAAUUUUCCUACGUACCUUUUGCUGUUCUAGACACUGGAAGCACCGGUAGACAAACCAGGGAGGGAAGUAGAACUCUUGAGUACGCAUUCCAGGACUUUGGUAUUCGCCAGGUGGCACAAGUGCUUGGCAAAACGGACGAUGUUGAAUACUAUGCGAACCGAUCAUAUUGGUACCGCAAUGUCUGGGACGCAACUGUGGAAAGUGAUGGAUACCAAGGAUUCAUGCAGAAGAGAUUCUCCAAUGGAACCUUCUAUUACACCGAUCCUGUCGACUGCUCGUCACAGGACACCAGGAGCACUCAGGAGUGCUCGCUUCAGGAGGAUAACCAGAGCGGGUUCUACGAAUCAUCGUCGUGGGAGUAUAGCUGGUAUGCACCGCAUGAUACAGGAUACUUGGUUGAGCUCAUGGGAGGAAAUACAACGUUCACGAACCGACUCGACCAUUUCUUCGACGCGGGAUAUUACCUGCCAGGCAACGAACCUUCCUUCCAGCAGGCACCCGUCGGAUACCACUAUGCAAACCAACCUUGGCGCUCUGUUGACCGUGUCCGCGAUGUUGUCAUGAACAAUUUUAAUACUGGCAUCGCAGGUCUUCCUGGAAACGACGAUCAGGGCGCAAUGGCAACGCUCCUCGGGUUCCAUCUCUUAGGAUUGUACCCAGUUCCCUCAACGACGCACUACCUUAUUGUCUCCCCCUUCACGCCAAAAUAUACCAUCCACAACACCUACCUUAACACCAACACUACGGUAACUGUUACCAACUACUCUCCUGCGUCUGUAGCGUACCCGAUACCCAAUGGUGUGCCCGCGUACGUGAAAAAUGUGACGAUCAACGGAGUGCCUGCAAAAAGUAGAUGCUAUAUUGAUUUCUAUGAUACGUUUAGAGUUGGUGGGGAGAUCGAAAUAGUUGUCACAGAGGACAAAACGUAUGAUUGCGGUGGGAAUGUACCAGAAAGUCUGUCGAUGGGGGGAUUUGCUAGCGCACGAUAG